CGAUCGCGGCAGCCCGCGGGCCUCAGGCGGCGGCCGCGAGCCCCGGGGCGGCGGCGCGGGGCGGGCGGGAGAUGCCGAAGCUGCGCGGGGAGGCCUUCUGGAGGGAGACGUUGCGGAGCGCGCACUACGUGGUGGCGCCCAUGGUGGACCAGAGCGAGCUGGCUUGGAGGCUGCUGAGCCGGCGCCACGGCGCCCAGCUCUGCUACACGCCCAUGCUGCACGCCCAGGUCUUCCUCAGGGACGCCAACUACCGCCGCGAGAACCUCUACGGCGAGGCCUGUCCCGAGGACCGCCCUCUGAUCGUGCAGUUCUGUGCCAAUGACCCGGAAGUGUUUGUCCAAGCAGCGCUGUUGGCUCAGGAUUAUUGUGAUGCCGUAGACCUAAAUUUGGGUUGUCCCCAAAUGAUUGCAAAGAGAGGUCAUUAUGGAGCAUUUCUGCAAGAGGAAUGGGAUCUUCUUCAGAGAAUGAUCUUACUGGCUAACGAGAAGCUCUCUGUUCCCAUCACAUGCAAAAUCCGCGUUUUCCCAGAAAUUGACAAGACAGUGAAGUAUGCACAGAUGCUGGAGAAAGCUGGCUGCCAGCUGCUGACUGUGCAUGGCCGUACUAAAGAGCAGAAAGGACCACUUGCUGGUGUGGCAUCUUGGGAGCACAUUCAAGCUGUCAGAAAAGCUGUAAGCAUUCCUGUAUUUGCAAAUGGAAAUAUCCAGUGUCUCCGUGAUGUGGAAGAAUGUAUCCGUAAGACAGGAGUGCAUGGUGUCAUGAGUGCAGAAGGUAAUCUUCAUAACCCAGCUUUGUUUGAGGGUCGAAACCCAUUGGUGUGGGAGAUGGCUGAGGAGUAUCUGGAGAUAGUGCAGAAGUACCCUUGUCCAUUGUCUUAUGUUAGGGCUCAUCUCUUCAAGCUCUGGCAUCACACGCUUCAAGUUUACCAGCAGCUGCGUGAAGAACUUGCAAAAGUGAAGACUCUAGAGGGCAUUGUGGAUGUCAACAGGGAGCUGAAACUACGAUGCCAGGAAGAAAUAGCUAAUCAGAAAGAAGGAGAAAAGCCAAAAGAAGGGUUGCCUUUUUUCCACUGGAUCUGUCAGCCAUACAUCAGGCCAGGGCCAAAGGAGAGAUGCAAGGCGAAUGGUGCCAGUGGGACUGAUAAAGGUGUGCGAGGGAAGCGUGCUCUGGAAGAGGAGGAAGAUGGAAAUUGUGCGCUUCUAUCAAAGAAUAAACAAAAAAAGAAGUUAAGAAAUCCAAAUAAGACCUUUGACCCAUCUUUAAAACCCAAAUAUGCAAAAUGUGAUCAGUGUGGAAACCCUAAGGGCAAUAAGUGUGUGUUUAACAUGUGCCGAGGCUGCUGUAAGAAAAGAGCAUUCAAAGAGACAGCAGAUUGUCCCGGUCAUGGAUUACUUUUUAAGACCAAAUAUGAAAAAUCCCUUUCAUGGCAGAGUAGUCAAAGAGUAAUUCAAAACCCAGAGAUCAGUCGGAAAGGAGAUGUAGAUGCUGUACUGGAGGAGGCUGGUGACAGUGCAUUGUGAAGCUUUGGAAAUGAAUAGUUAAAGAGCUCCAGCCAGGCCUCUGCUUCCCUGGGCCAAAGAACAUGCCAUCUCCAGCUCACCGUCAGCACUUGCUCCACAGGUUUAUUUUAAGUUCUGGAAAACUUAUUUAAGUAAAAAGCUGCUUACUCAGGGAAUUAUCCUGCAUUUGAAAUAAAAAAAAAGAUGCAAUUAAA